GGAGGGCGAGGGGGCGCGCUCACACAAAGUUUGUGCCUGCGGGUGCGCCGCGGUCGGGCUCGCCCGGCUCGGAGAGCGGCAGGUGGGCGGCCCGGGGCGGAGGGGCGGCGGUGGCGGUAGUGGCGAUGCGCCGCACCCUACCGAGCCCGUCCCGCCGUACUAGGUGAGGCGGCUCCAGGAGCGCGGCCGUGGCCAUGGGCACCCUGGGCAAGGCGAGAGAGGCUCCGCGGAAACCUUCUCAUGGCUGCAGAGCUGCACCUAAAGCAAGACUAGAGGCGAAGCCAGUCGGCAGCCCCCUCCCGUCCCCUCCCAGCCCUGCCCAGAUCACCCAGUUCCGAAUGAUGGUGUCUCUGGGACAUUUAGCCAAAGGAGCCAGCCUGGACGACCUCAUCGACAGCUGUGUUCAAUCUUUCGAUGCAGAUGGAAACCUGUGUCGAAGCAACCAAUUGUUGCAAGUCAUGCUGACCAUGCACCGAAUUCUCAUUUCCUCUGCUGACCUGCUCCAAAAAGUUAUCACCCUAUAUAAGGAUGCCUUGGCAAAGAAUUCACCAGGGCUUUGCCUGAAGAUCUGCUAUUUUGUAAGGUAUUGGAUAACGGAAUUCUGGAUCAUGUUUAAAAUGGAUGCCAGCUUGGCAAACACUAUGGAGGAGUUCCAGGAACUGGUGAAAGCCAAUGGCGAGGAGCUGCACUGCCGCCUGAUCGACACAACUCAAAUCAAUGCCCGCGACUGGUCCAGGAAACUGACUCAAAGGAUAAAAUCAAACACCAGCAAGAAACGGAAAGUCUCCCUGCUGUUUGACCAUCUGGAACCAGAGGAGCUAUCCGAGCACCUUACCUACCUGGAGUUCAAGUCCUUCCGGAGGAUAUCGUUCUCCGAUUAUCAGAACUACCUUGUGAAUAGCUGCGUGAAGGAGAACCCCACCAUGGAGCGGUCCAUUGCCCUGUGUAACGGCGUCUCCCAGUGGGUGCAGCUGAUGGUUCUCAGCCGCCCCACCCCGCAGCUCAGGGCUCAAGUCUUCAUCAAGUUCAUCCAGGUGGCACAGAAGCUCCACCAACUACAGAACUUCAAUACGCUGAUGGCUGUGAUAGGAGGGCUGUGUCACAGCUCCAUCUCCAGGCUCAAGGAGACAAGUUCACAUGUCCCGCAUGAAAUCAAUAAGGUUCUGGGUGAGAUGACCGAGCUGCUGUCCUCCUGCAGAAACUACGACAACUACCGGCGUGCCUACGGGGAGUGCACCCACUUCAAGAUCCCCAUCCUGGGGGUGCACCUCAAGGACCUCAUCUCCCUGUACGAAGCCAUGCCUGACUAUCUGGAGGAGGGGAAGGUCAAUGUCCACAAGCUGCUGGCCCUUUACAAUCAUAUCAAUGAACUGGUCCAGCUGCAAGAGGUGGCCCCACCCUUGGAGGCCAACAAGGACUUGGUGCACCUGCUGACGUUAUCCCUAGAUCUCUACUACACUGAGGAUGAGAUCUACGAGCUUUCCUAUGCCCGGGAGCCCAGGAACCACAAAGCCCCCCCACUAACACCUUCAAAGCCACCAGUAGUAGUGGACUGGGCCUCUGGAGUAUCUCCCAAACCUGACCCAAAGACCAUAAGCAAACACGUCCAGAGGAUGGUGGACUCUGUCUUCAAGAACUAUGAUCAUGACCAGGAUGGAUACAUUUCUCAGGAAGAGUUUGAGAAGAUUGCUGCGAGUUUUCCAUUUUCCUUCUGUGUGAUGGACAAGGACAGGGAAGGCCUCAUCAGCAGAGACGAGAUCACGGCCUACUUCAUGAGGGCCAGCUCAAUCUGCUCCAAGCUGGGCCUGGGCUUCUCUCACAACUUCCAAGAGACCACCUACCUGAAGCCCACUUUCUGUGACAACUGCGCUGGAUUUCUCUGGGGAGUGAUCAAACAAGGAUAUCGGUGUAAAGACUGCGGGAUGAACUGCCACAAACAAUGCAAAGAUCUGGUUGUGUUUGAGUGCAAGAAGCGAGCCAAGAACUCAGCAGCUCCCACAGAGAACAGCACGUCUCUGGGGCCAACGUCCAGCCUUUGCUCGUUGGGAGUCAAAGAUCUGCUCCACGCACCCGAGGAAGGCGCGUUCACAUUCCCUAACGGGGAGGCAGUGGAACACAGUGAGGAGAGUAAGGAUCGGACCAUCAUGCUCAUGGGAGUGUCCUCACAGAAGAUUUCUGUGCGGCUGAGGAGGACUGUCGCACACAAGGCCACCCAGACCGAAUCACCGUCUUGGCUUGGCGGCGAGGGUCCUUCUGGUCACUUCGUGUUGUCUUCCCCAAGGAAGACAGCCCAGGACACACUGUAUGUGCUGCCCAGCCCUACAUCUCCAUGUCCCAGCCCAGUCCUGGUCAGAAAGCGGGCUUUCGUCAAGUGGGAGAAUAAAGAAUCCCUCAUAAAAUCAAAGGAGGAGCUCCAUCACCUCAGACUCCCGACCUACCAAGAGCUGGAACAGGAAAUAAAUACCCUGAAAGCAGAUAAUAACGCUUUAAAGAUCCAACUGAAAUAUGCACAGAAGAAGAUAGAAACCCUCCAGCUUGCAAGAAGCAAUCAUGUCUUGGCUCAGAUGGAACAGGGUGACUGUUCUUAGCUCCGAAGCCCAAGCAGCACAACCUGUAGAUGAGGACACCGGAGAUCUCAUUUCCUAAACCUGUUAGCACAGAGACCAAGGGGACCUUAGAUUGGCUUUAAAAAGGGUACUUUUAAAGAAGAAAGGUGGUUACUCAUUUUUUUACCUUAAAGAUUCCUCCUGUGCGGUAUUGUUUUCUCUUCCAAUCAGCUGAAUUAAAGGGGAGGAAACCUGAAGAAUGCAGAAUUUUUGCCAUUCAUACCACAAACUUUUUCCCCCCUAGGACUAGUAUCAAAAGCAUGAUAAAAACAUGACUAUAGUUUUCUGACUGGGAAGCGUCUUUUAUGUGGCCUGCCUGGCUGCUGCUUCCUUAGAACUAAAAUCCCUGGAAAAUGAAUUUCCUUCCUUCCUUCCUAUGUUUUUUGUGAACUUGGCAUUUACUUUGUUCCAUCCAAAGCUUGCUUAUAAUGGAAAAAUACCCACACUCCAAAAGUAGAACUGCUUCCUGUAUAUUUCAGCAUUCUUUACAAAUCUGGUUCCCACUUCUACCUCAGAUCUAAACAGUAUGCCUUUUCUCCUCCUCCCUCACUACGUUCAUGCACACGAGGACAUCUAACUAGAGGUGAACUUCUAGAGAUGUAGCCACAAAUUUGGGGGGGGGGGUGAUAAACAUCAUCCAAUUAAAACUCAUAGUUUUAGUCUCACAGUCAUAAACUAAGUAACCAAAUUAAAUAGCUAGAAACGUGGCUAUUACUAUCUCAUACAUGACUAGCUAAUUAGCUAAAAAAUAAAAGGAAUGCAAACAUUUGUCCCUUUGAUGUGCAAGUGGACAGAAUUAAGAAUUUAUGGCUUUUUUAAAAAGUUUAACUCUCACAUACCAUCCUUGUCUUUUUUGAAGUAACUAUUUUUGAACUGAAUUUGUGCUACUGUACUGUCUUCACUAUUAAUACUAUUUAGAAAUAAGCUAAUUGGAUCAGUCUUCAAUAAUAGCUGACAGUGUACAUAUGUAUAUAUUAUGUAUAUACAAUAUCAGACAUGCAUGUGGCUUGGAAUUGUUUCCUCCUUCCUAAGUGUGGAAGCAAAUUAAAGCGGCUUUUGGUCACAUACACAAAUUUGCAAAGUUCAGUAAUGGUACAAGAUGAAGAAAUUGCUCACAAUGUAAAUUGUAUUGUUUGGCAAACUCACAACUAUGAGUUUUCUAUUAAUGAAGGUUAAUGAUAAGUGGGCUUUUUAAUUAUCUGGGCAAGUAUUUACAAACUUCCUUGUCAGAUUCUUUUUCUCUUUAAAAAAAAAAAAAAAAAUCCAUAUGAUCAUUUUCUUUUCAGGGGAACUUACCUUCCAAGCUUGAAAACCCU